GGAAAGCGUUUAAUAGUGACGAGGAGAAGAGGAAGGGAAGAAACAAAGAAACCCUCCGCAGUUGUUUUUUUUUUUUUUGUUUAUAUCUAUCUAUUCGAGAAAGAUCGAGCUGCCGAAUCCAAAUUUCAAUCUCAUAGAUCCCAUCUUUUUCCAAGCCUUUCUUCGGCUUGAUUCCUGUUGAUUUCGCGAUCUGUGUACGCUCAUAGUUAUUCCUCUUGGCGGUCAAUUCGAUGGAGGCCCUCUUUCUCAAGUUCCGGAAUCUGGACGCUUACCCGAAGAUCAACGAAGACUUCUACAGAAGAACCCUCUCCGGCGGCAUAAUCACCAUUGCCUCCUCCAUCAUCAUGUUCCUUCUAUUCAUCUCCGAACUGCGGAUAUAUCUUCAUGCUGUUACAGAAACAAAGCUUGUAGUUGAUACUUUAACAGGAGAAAAGCUACGGAUCAAUUUUGAUAUCACAUUCCCUGCCCUUUCAUGUUCUACGGUCAGUCUCGAUGCAAUGGAUAUCAGUGGAGAAGAGCAUCUUGAUGUCAGACACGACGUCAUCAAAAAGAGGUUAGACUCUCAUGGGAAUGCUAUCGAAUCUAGACAAGAUGGAAUUGGUUCACCUAAGAUUGAAAAGCCUUUACAAAGACAUGGUGGACGGCUUGAACAUAAUGAGACAUAUUGCGGUUCUUGCUUUGGUGCAGAAGCGUCUGAGGAAGAAUGCUGCAAUUCUUGUGACGAAGUUCGUGAAGCUUACAGAAAGAAAGGUUGGGGCCUGUCAAAUCCUGAUCUGAUUGACCAGUGCAAGAGAGAAGGAUUUCUUCAAAAGAUCAAGGAUGAAGAAGGCGAAGGGUGCAACAUCUAUGGUUUCCUAGAAGUCAACAAGGUGGGUGGGAAUUUUCAUUUUGCCCCUGGUAAAAGCUUCCAACAAUCAAAUAUGCAUGUGCAUGACCUGUUGCCAUUCCAAAAAGAAAGUUUCAAUAUAAGCCAUAAAAUUAACAAACUAGCAUUUGGAGAGUAUUUUCCUGGUGUAGUCAAUCCUCUUGAUGGAGUGCAGUGGGUGCAACAAACACCAUAUGGAAUGUACCAAUACUUCAUCAAGGUGGUUCCUACUGUAUACACUGACAUAAAUGGACACACUAUCCAGACCAAUCAGUUUUCAGUGACAGAGCAUUUCAGGAAUGACGAUAUUGGUCGGCUACAUUCUGUUCCAGGGGUGUUUUUCUUUUAUGACCUUUCUCCAAUUAAGGUUACUUUCACAGAGGCACAUGUAUCUUUCUUGCACCUCUUGACUAAUGUCUGUGCGAUUGUUGGAGGUAUAUUUACUGUUUCAGGAAUACUAGAUGCAUUCGUCUAUCACGGCCAAAGAGCAAUCAAGAAGAAAAUGGAAAUUGGAAAAUUCAACUGAUUGACUGUGUAUCAAACCUCCUAUGCAACGAUCAAAAAGCCUUCUCUGACCUUUGCAGACAUUCAAAGCCAAAUCGCUAAUAUCACCAUUCUGUUCUUUUGUCACCAAGUUUCUAAAUAGGGUCAGAACGGUAUUCUUUACAAUCUCUUUGCAGCCGAAGAGGUUCAUUGUGUUAUGCAAUUUUGCACUGUGCUAAAUGAUUGUCAAUGUCAUAUUCAUGUCACCUUAAGCGCAAAUGUGAGUUCUGGUGCUAGAACAUUUGUUCAUUCUCGAAAAAGAUUUUCAAAAAAGAUUUUCCAGAUA